AUUGAAGUAACAAUUAACGAUGUCAUGUACACAGGUGAGAUAUUCUAUAAUUAUUAUCGAUAAGCCUUGUAUUCUAAAUGAUAUGUAACCGACAAAAAUAUAAAUGUUGCCGACAGUUUCUGUAGAAGUACCAAUAGACACGUCCUUAAAUACAUUUAUUCGUGAAACUGCUAAGUUGAAAGGGACGAAAGCAAUGUGCCACGAAGGAGGGUGUGGCGCCUGCAUCGUCGCCGCGAACAUUCAUGGGGACAUACGAGCCGUUAAUUCUUGUCUCGUUCCAAUUUAUAUUUGUAAUGACUGGAAAAUUACGACGAUAGAGGGAUUAGGGAAUCGGCAAAUCGGUUACCACACGCUUCAAGCGGCUUUGGCCGAAAUGAACGGUUCGCAAUGCGGUUAUUGCUCCCCCGGAUGGAUUAUGAGUAUGCACAGCCUUAUGGAAAAGGGCAAAAUGACCAUGAAAGAAAUUGAAAAUUCAUUCGCUGGUAACAUUUGCCGAUGUACCGGCUACCGACCAAUUUUAGAUACUUUCAAGAGCUUCGCUACUGACGCACCGCCGGUCAUGAAGAGCCAAAUUAAAGACAUCGAGGAGCUUCAUCGGAUAAAAUCGUGCAGAAAUUGUCCGGAAAAGAUGUGCAGCGGUAAAUGCGAGGACAUUGAAAUUAUUUAUAAAUCGAGUAUUCCAAGAUUCAUUGAAUUACAUUUGAAAGAUAAUGUAAGGUAUUACGAAGUUCUAUCAAUAAAUGAAAUAUUUGACAUUCUAAGAAAAAAGAAGCCUAAUGAAUCUUAUGUAAUAAAUGGAGGGAAUACAGCCCACGGUGUUUAUCGAUUGCCAAAGGUACAAAUAUAUAUCAAUAUAAAUAAUGUUGCAGAAUUAUAUAGAAUUGAAAUGAAAUCGGAUACAUUGACUUUGGGUGGCAAUAUUACCCUUGCAAUGGCAAAACGUUAUUUUGAAAAAUAUUUGAAAGAGCCCGGCUUUCGAUAUUUAAAAUUCAUGGCUAGACAUAUUGAUCUUGUCGCAAGCAUACCGAUCAGAAAUAUUGGAACUGUGGCAGGCAAUUUAAUGAUUAAAAACCAGCACAACAAUUUUCCUUCCGAUAUUUUCUUAAUAUUCGAAGCUGCUGGGGCACAAAUACAUAUUCUUGAUUCACUAGGUGCGAAAUCUAUUAUGACGUUAAAUACAUUUUUAAAGACAGAUAUGAAUAAAAAAUUGAUUUAUAGUAUUGUGCUGCCAAAAAUGAGUGAAGAAUAUAAAUAUCAAACAUAUAAGAUUAUGCCUAGAGCGCAGAAUGCACAUGCCAUCGUAAACGCUGGUUUCCUUUUCAAAUUAGACAGUAAUGGCAAAGUAUUGGAAAAACCAAACAUAAUAUUUGGGGGAAUAAAUCCAGAAUUUCUACAUGCAACACAGGCAGAAGAAUCUUUAAUUGGGAAAUCUAUUUUUAAUACCGAGGAAUUAAAAAAGUCUUUAAAUAUCCUUAAUUCGGAACUUAAAACCGAUUAUAUUUUACCAGAUUAUAAACCGGAAUUUAGAAGACUGCUCGCUGUAUCGUUAUUUUACAAGUUUAUCUUGAGUAUCGAUCCAGCUAAGGUGAGUCCCAAGUUACAAAGUGGCGCCGCGCUAUUGCAACGCGAAUUAUCAUCGGGAAAACAAGACUACGACACGAAUAGAAAUUUAUGGCCUAUUAAUAUGCCAGUGCCAAAACUCGAGUCGCUUUAUCAAACUUCCGGUGAAGCCGAGUACAUAGGGGACAUCGUUAUGAAGGAUCAACAAGUUUUUUGCGCAUUGACUAUUGCCGAUGCACCUGGAAAGAUUGAAAAAAUCGAAUGCGAUGAAGCAAUGAAAAUAGAUGGUGUAAUAGCUUUUUAUUCCGCAAAAGAUGUUCCAGGGGUAAAUGCAUUCAUUAAUUCUGCUAAUAAGUUUGACUUUCUUUCCGACGACGAAGUGCUUUUUGCAGAUAAGGAAAUAGCGUUUGCAGGACAAAUAUUUGGAAUGAUUGUCGCUACGUCGCAAAAGAGAGCCGAGGAAGCUGCGUCAAAAGUUAAAAUUAUUUACCCAAAAGGACCGAAGCCGAAGCCCUUAAUCACCGUCCACGACGUAAUAGCGAGUAACGAUAAAACGCGAAUAUCCAAACAAGGAGACAUACCUGCGACACAACCAGCUGGAAAAGACAUAGCGUACAAUAUAAAGGGAUCGUACGAGACUGGACCGCAGUAUCAUUUCUCAAUGGAAACACAAAUAUGUGUUUGUAUACCUGUUGAAGAUGGUAUGGAUGUUUUUCCAGCGACACAUUGGAUGGAUUUAACGCAAGCUAGUGUGGCCAAUGUACUGAAUGUACCAAUUAAUAGUAUAAAUAUAAAAAUACGAAGACUUGGAGGCUCUUACGGAGCGAAACUCACGCGAGGCUCAUUGGUCGCUUGUGCUUGUGCACUCGCUUGCCACAAGCUAAAUCGGCCGGCGCGUUUGGUAAUGUCGAUCGAGGAUAAUAUGCGCGCCGUCGGGAAGCGUGUGCCAUCUUAUACAGAAUACGAUUUAAGCGUGAAUAAAUUAGGCAAAAUUCAGAAGAUGGACGUAUCUUAUUGGGCCAAUAGUGGCUCUACGUUCAACGAUCAGUACAUAAUAGGCACAUUAGAGUUCUUUUUCAGCUGCUACGAUUCAUCGAUCUGGUCUACUGUUGGAUAUAACGUUAAGUCGGACUUACCCUCCAACACAUGGUGCAGAGCACCUGGUUCUACAGAAGCGAUAGCGACUGUUGAAAAUAUAAUGGAAAGGAUUGCCAGAGAAACCAAACAGGAUCCUACAGACGUGAAAAUAAGGAAUAUGAAUACGAAGGAUAAAGAAGUUUUGGAAGUAAUGAUUGCAAAAUUAAAAACCACAACUGAUUAUGAGAAACGACGAGAAGAUAUUGAAAAAUUCAAUAGUGAAAAUCGUUGGAAAAAACGUGGGAUAUCGUUAGUUCCGAUGAAAUAUCCAGUAGUGCUAUUGGGUUCUUAUAAUUCAUUAGUUUCUAUUUAUGGUCGAGAUGGUACGGUAUCAGUUUCACAUGGUGGUAUUGAAUUGGGUCAAGGCAUCCAUACCAAAAUGGCGCAAAUAGCAGCGUACACAUUGGGAAUUGAUCUUAAAAUGGUAUCUGUAAAACCAAGUAAUAAUUUAAUAACUCCAAACAAUUAUGCAACCGGUAAUAGUACUACUACGGAUGCUUGUGGAUAUGCAACCCAAAGGGCCUGUAAAAUACUUUUAGAAAGGCUAGAACCAAUUAAACAAAUAUUAGGAGGAAAUCCUUCAUGGCAGGAAUUGGUGUUUACAGCACAAGCUAAAAAUGUUGAUUUAUGUGCCUCCUUCAUGUUUACGGUAGAUCAAGAGCUUAAGCCUUAUCCUUUAUACGCUGUUGCAGUAUCGGAGGUGGAAGUGGAUGUUUUAACUGGUCAGCACCUGAUCCGUCGAGUAGACAUUUUAGAGGAUACGGGCGUUAGUCUAAAUCCCAAGAUCGACGUUGGUCAGGUAGAGGGCGCAUUUGUUAUGGGAAUUGGCUACUGGACCUGCGAAGAUUUGAUAUUCGAUCCCGAAACCGGAGCUUUGACAAAUUAUAGAACUUGGAAUUACAAGGUGCCCGGAGCGAUGGAUAUACCUAUAGACUUUCGAAUUUCAUUCAAUCGUAAAGUAAUAAAUCCAGUUGGUAUACUACGAUCGAAAGCUAUAGGUGAGCCUCCAUUGUGCUUGAGCUGUUCAGUUCCAAUUGCAAUUCGUCACGCUCUGGAUUCGGCGCGAGCCGAUGCGGGAAAUAAAGAUGUCUGGUAUCAAUUAGGUUAGUAUAAAUGUAUUUAC